AUGGCGAAUCCAGUUUCAACACACACUUAUCUACUAUUGUUAUCGACUUUCCUUCAUCUUUCACUCCAGCUUCAACCCUCUCAAUUCAAUGCCCUCAGAGAAAUCCAGCAAUUCCUCAAUUACCCAUCGCUUCUCAGCAUCUUCAACAACACCUGGGAUUUCUGCAACCUCGAACCGUCGCCAUUGUUAACCGUUGUUUGCUACGAAGAUGACGUGACCCAGCUUCAUAUCAUCGCCAACAAUGGCGGUUUCCCGCCAUCUUUGCCCCGCAAUUUCUCCAUCGACGCUUUGUUUUCCAGCGUUUCUUCUUUGCAGAAUCUGAAAGUGCUUUCGUUGGUCUCUGUGGGGUUAUGGGGACCUUUACCUGCUACCAUCGGUAAGCUUUCUUCCAUGGAAAUACUCAAUUUAAGCUCGAAUUACAUCAAUGGCUACAUCCCUUUGGAACUUUCGUAUUUGAGGAAUUUGGAGACGCUUAUUCUUGAUCAUAAUGAGUUCACUGGUCAAAUCCCGAGUUGGAUUGAUUCUUUUAGUGAUUUAGCUGUGCUGGGUUUGAGAAAUAAUUCACUCUUUGGGUCUCUUUCGAGCUCGAUUUCGAGUUUAAAAAACCUUCGAGUUUUGGCUAUGGCGGAUAAUCAUUUGUAUGGCGGAGUACCCAGUCUUCAAAACUUGACGAAUCUCCAAGUUCUUGAUCUGAAAAACAACAAAUUCGGACCAGAUUUCCCAGUUUUGAAUCCCAAGGUCGUCGCCGUUGAAAUCCGAAACAACAGUUUCCAAUCCAGCGUUCCGAAUGAAGCAUUAACCUCUUAUCUUCAACUCCAAAAGCUUGAUAUCUCCAUUAACACAUUCAUCGGACCGUUCUCGCCGUCUCUUUUCUCAUUGCCUUCGAUCGAAUACAUCGAUAUCUCCGAUAAUAAACUCACCGGCAAACUGCUAAUCAACGCGUCGUGCAGUGAACACCUUGUGUUUGUUAAUUUGUCGUCCAAUCUUCUGACCGGCGAUUUACCGGAGUGUCUGCAGCAACAAAAUGACGUCGGGAAAAGGUUUGUUUCGUACGGAGGGAAUUGUUUUUCCGACGAAGAGGAAGAUCAGCACCCUUCGAAUUUUUGCCAUAACGAAGCAUUGGCUGUUAAAGUUAUGCCUGAUAAGUUGCAGCAUGGAGAAGGUAAAGCUAUGGGUGUUGUUGGGUCAAGUUUAGUGGGAGGAAUCGGUGGAUUAAUGGUGAUUGUUGGUUUGAGUUACUGGGCUUUCCAUAGAAGAAAGAAAGGUGCCGCCAUGAAAGGAGCUUCAACGAGGUUGAUAACAGAGAAACCAACAGUUAACACAGUCAAGUUACUAUCUGAUGCAAGGUACAUAUCAGAAACAAUGAAGAUGGGAGCAAACCUUCCUACAUAUCGCGCCUUUGCUUUGGAAGAACUAAGGGAGGCCACUGAUAAUUUCACUCAUUCAACCUUCAUUGGUGAAGGUUCACUUUCUCAGAUUUACAGAGGAAAACUUGCAGAUGGAACAGCCAUUGCCAUUAGAUGUUUAAAGAUGAGACGAAAACACAGCCCCCCGACAUUGAUACAGCACAUCGAGAUGAUCUCGAAACUCAGGCACAAGCAUUUGGUUAGUUGCAUCGGACACUGUUUCGAAUGUUGCCCUGAUGAUUCAAGUGUCGGCAUCAUAUAUAUGGUAUUUGAGUACCUCUCAAAUGGCACCUUGAGAAGUUCCAUCUCCGAAGGAAUAGCAGGACAAAGGCUCAAUUGGGCACAGAGAAUAGCAGGUGCAAUAGGGAUAGCAAAGGGGAUUCAGUUCCUUCAUACAGGGAUGAUACCUGGAGUUUUUUCAAACAAUUUGAAGAUUACUGAUGUUUUGUUGGAUCCCAAUUUUCAUGUCAAGAUUUGCAGUUACAAUCUCCCUCUUUUAGCUGAAAAUGGAGGAAUGGGCGGAUCCAAUGGACUUAAACCGAAUAUUCGAGUAAGGGCCAAAGAUGAGGAAAAGGAUGAUAUCCAUGACUUUGGUGUAAUCUUACUGGAAAUUCUUGUUGGAAGGCCAAUCAUUUCCCAAAAUGAUGUCAUGGUCGUCAAAGAUAUUUUACAAGUGAGCAACAAGAUGGAUGAUGCAGCUCGAAGAAGCAUUGUGGAUCCGACGAUUAUCAAAGAAUGCUCGGCGGAAUCGUUGAAGACGGUGCUGGAGAUAUGUCUGAGAUGCUUAUCCGAUGAGCCAACCGGUCGGCCUUCGAUCGAUGAUGUCCUUUGGACUUUGCAGUUCGCUGCACAACUUCAGGAUCCAUGGCGACUCGAUUCUCAUCAUGUUCAUCAACAAUCUGUAUCAUUGCCUUUAUAGUUAAGAUUCACACUGUUAUCGAACAAACUCGAAUAACUUACGAGUACAAAUGUCUCAUUUCCGAUGAAGCUUUUAUAACUUAUUUACAGGGAUGAA